AGAGGUUCUGCAGAGAAGGAAGGACGCAGACUUUUCUCCUCCUCAUCCUCCUCUGGAGCAGCUCCAGAUGCGCAGAGUCCAGGAGCGGCGCAGCCAGCAGGACACCAGUUGGACUGACUGUCUCUGUUUCGGGUCUGCGGACUUUUGAAACCAGUUCCCAGACUUCUGUAGAGCUGGUUCCUGCAGGGAGGCAGGCGGAUCUCCUGUGGAGCCAAGCUUUGAGUCCAGCCUGCAGAAGUUCUCUGGUUCUGGGAAACGCUGAGCACAUUGGACCGAGCCCCGGAGCGGCCGACAUGCCGGACAGGAAGACCGGGGGGCGGCUGCUGCAGGCGGCCGCGGCUCUGCUGCUCCUCCUGGAGCUCUCCGCGGAGGUGCUGGAGCCCCAGGACGGGGUGCUGGAGACCGAGCAGACCGACAGCAGGUCCAACAGGGCCAAGAGGAGGGGAGGGAGUGACGCCCUCAGGGGACCGAAUGUGUGUGGCUCCAGGAACAACGCCUACUGCUGCCCGGGAUGGAAGACUCUGACCGGAGGGAACCAGUGCAUCGUCCCGAUCUGCCGGAGUUCGUGUGGAGAUGGUUUCUGCUCCAGACCCAACAUGUGCACCUGCCCCAACGGACAGAUUUCUCCAUCCUGUGGAUCCAAGUCAGUUCAGAGCUGUAAUAUCCGGUGUAUGAAUGGCGGAUCAUGUGCGGAAGACCACUGCUUGUGUCAGAAAGGCUACGUGGGAAACCACUGCGGUCAACCGGUUUGUGAUAAUGGCUGUCAGAAUGGAGGGCGCUGCGUGGCUCCCAACAGAUGUGUGUGUACGUACGGCUUCACCGGAGCCCAGUGUGAGAGAGAUUAUCGGACCGGACCGUGCUUCGCCUCAGUGAACAACCAGAUGUGCCAGGGCCAGCUCACCGGCAUUGUGUGCACCAAAACGCUUUGCUGCGCCACGGUGGGGCGGGCGUGGGGUCACCCAUGUGAGAUGUGCCCGGCCCAGCCUCACCCCUGUCGGAGAGGCUUCAUACCAAACCACCGAACCGGGGCGUGCCAAGACGUGGACGAGUGCCAGGCCAUCCCCGGCAUCUGUCAGGGAGGGAACUGCAUCAACACGGUGGGGUCCUUCGAGUGCAAAUGUCCCGCCGGGCACAAGUUCAACGAGGUCUCCCAGAAAUGUGACGAUCUGGACGAGUGCUCCAACAUCCCCGGCCUCUGUGGCGUGGGGGAAUGCUUCAACACCAUUGGCAGCUACUACUGCAAGUGUCCUCAGGGGUUCUACACCUCUGUUGAUGGAUCCAGAUGUGUGGAUGCUCGGCUCGGGUUCUGCUAUGCUACCCUGCUGAACGGACGCUGUGCCAACCAGAACUCCCAGCAGCUUACCAAAAUGCAGUGCUGCUGUGAUAGUGGGCGCUGCUGGUCCGACAGCUCCACACCUGAGAUGUGUCCCAUUCGUGGAACAGAGGAAUUCCAGCAGCUGUGCAUUCAGACUCUGGAUACUAGUGGAGUAUUGAUUCCUGGCCGUGUCCCAGGGAGUCCAGACCUACCUGGCAUCUACCCGGUUCCUGUUCCGGGACAAGGGCAUGAAAUUAUUCCUGGUCAAAUUCCCAUCAUAACCCCGGGUCAAACCCCCGGCCAAACCCCCGGCCAAGUCCCAGGCCAAGUUCCAGGCCAAGUUCCAGGCCAAUAUCCGGGCCAGUUUCCAGGACAGUUUCCAGGACAAUUUCCAGGACAGUUUCCAGUACAGUUUCCAGUACAGUUUCCAGGUCAUCUCCCAUUACAGCCUCCUCCACCAGGUCCUAAUGUAAUCCAAGCCCAGAACAUCACCAACAUGUGUCAGGCCUUCAGAAACCUCUGCCUGAACGGCCGCUGCAUCCCCAUGCCGAGGAUUGGGUAUCGCUGCGAGUGCAACAUGGGCUUCAGGCUGGACACCAGGGGGGAGUGCAUCGAUGAUGAUGAGUGCGAAAGAAGUCCAUGUGUGCACGGAGAGUGUGUGAACACCCAGGGCUCCUACGUCUGUCAGUGUCCUGUUGGUUUCCAGACCACUGCAACCCGAACUGAGUGCCGAGACCUAGAUGAGUGUGUGGCCAAUGGGCGGAUCUGCAACAACGGGCGCUGUGUGAACACUGAGGGCAGCUUCCACUGUGUCUGCAACGCUGGAUUUGAAAUUUCAUCCGAUGGAAAAAACUGUCAAGACCAGGACGAGUGUCUCAUCAGGAACAUGUGUCUCAACGGUCUGUGCAUCAACGAAGACGGCAGCUUUAAGUGCAUCUGUAAAUCGGGAUUCCUGCUGGACACAAGUGGACGCAUGUGUGUCGACAUCAAUGAAUGUGAGACUCCAGGUAUGUGCAUGAACGGCCACUGCGUGAACACGGAGGGCUCGUUCCGCUGCGAGUGCAUGGCUGGGAUGGCGGUGGGCCUGGAUGGACGGGUCUGUGUCGAUACACACAUGCGCAGCUCGUGUUACGGCAGCUACAAGCGAGGGCAGUGCAUCCAGCCGUUGUUUGGAGCCGUCACCAAGUCGGAGUGUUGCUGCGCGAGCACCCAGUACGCUUACGGAGAGCCCUGCCAGCCCUGCCCAUCUCAAAGCUCUGCUGAGUUCCUGGCUCUGUGUCCCAGUGGCGUCGGAAUCACCGGCGAUGGACGAGAUAUUAACGAAUGCGCCCUGGACCCAGACAUCUGUCAGAACGGAGUGUGUGAGAACAUGCUGAGGACAUACAAAUGCACCUGCAACGAGGGCUUCGAGGUGGACCUGACGGGCAAAAACUGUGUCGAUAUCGACGAGUGCCUGAUGAACAGGCUGCUGUGUGACAACGGUCUGUGCAGAAACACACCUGGGAGUUUCACCUGUCAGUGUCCCAAAGGGUACCGCUUCGACUCGGAGACGGACGUCUGCGAGGAUGUGAACGAGUGUGAGUCCAACCCCUGCAUCAACGGAGAGUGCAUCAACAGCCAGGGCUCGUUUGUUUGCACUUGCUCUGUGGGCAGUUCUCUGGACAACACCGGGCUGGAGUGUAUCGAGACGACGAAGAGCACGUGCUGGCUGAAGAUGAUCAACAACCGUUGUGAGGUGAACAUCAACGGAGCCACCCUGAAGUCUCACUGCUGCUCCACACUGGGAGAGGCCUGGAACAGCCCGUGUGCCAAAUGUGAAAAAGAUCCGAUAUGCAGUAAAGGUUUUGCCAGAGUCCGAGGGAACGCCUGUGAGGACGUUGACGAGUGCCAGGUGUUUCCAGGUGUUUGCAUCAAUGGUAAAUGUGUGAACACUCAAGGCUCCUUCUUCUGUCAGUGCCCCCCUGGGAUGACCGUAGACAUCAGUGGAAGGACGUGCAUCGACCUGCGGACAGAGCACUGCUACCUGACCCAUGAUGAUGAGCGCUGUGGUUUGGCCAUAUCGGGGAAGCACCGCGUGGAUGCCUGCUGCUGCUCCGUCGGAGUCGCCUGGGGCCCCGAAUGUGACGAAUGUCCAGAAAAGGGGACUUCAGAGUUUGCUCAGCUUUGUCCUCGGGGCCCCGGAUUCUCACACAGAGGAGACUUCAUCAACGGCAGACCCUUCCUCAAAGACAUUAAUGAAUGCAGGAUGAUCAACACGCUCUGCUCGAACGGGAGGUGCAGAAACACCAUCGGCAGCUUCCGCUGUCGCUGCGAUAACGGUUACGCGCUGGACUCUGACGAGAGAAACUGUACAGACAUUGAUGAGUGCCGGAUUUCCCCGGACCUGUGUGGACAGGGCCGGUGUGUCAACACGCCCGGAGACUUUGAGUGCGAGUGCUUCGACGGCUACGAGAGCGGCUUCAUGAUGAUGAAGAACUGCAUGGACAUCGACGAGUGUGAGAGGAACCCCCUGCUGUGCCGUGGAGGUGAAUGUGUGAACACUGAGGGCAGCUUCCAGUGCGUCUGCCCCGACGGACACGAGAUCGCUGCCGACGGCUCGGCCUGCCUCGAUAUAAACGAGUGUGAGUUGAGCAACAGGCUAUGCAGAAACAGUCAGUGUGUGAACAUGAUCGGCCGGUACCAGUGUGUCUGCAACACGGGCUACAAAUCCACCCAAGACCGGCAGGGCUGUGUCGACAUUGACGAGUGUACGAUCGAGAACGGUGGCUGUGAGACUUUCUGCACCAACUCAGAGGGCAGCUACGAGUGCAGCUGCCGCGCCGGCUACGCUCUGAUGCCGGACCUCAGGACCUGCACCGAUAUCGAUGAAUGUGAGGAGUCGCCCGAGGUGUGCGACGGGGGACAGUGCACCAACACUCCGGGGGCGUUCCAGUGUCUGUGCUUCGACGGCUUCAUGUCCUCGGAGGACAUGAAGACCUGCCUGGAUGUGGACGAGUGCGAGCUGAACCCAAACAUCUGUCUGAGCGGGAACUGUGAGAACACCAAGGGCUCCUUCAUCUGUCACUGUGACCUGGGAUAUUCUGUCCGCAAGGGCAGCACCGGCUGCACAGAUAUCAACGAGUGUGAGAUCGGAGCCCACAACUGCGACAGGCACGCGGCGUGCACCAACACGGCCGGCAGCUUCAAGUGCAGCUGCGCUCCGGGGUGGAUCGGCAACGGCAUAAAAUGUUCAGAUCUGGACGAGUGCUCCAACGGGACUCACAUGUGCAGCAACAACGCCGACUGUCUCAACACCAUGGGCUCGUACCGCUGCGCCUGCAAGGACGGCUUCUCUGGAGACGGCUUCUACUGCUCAGACAGCGACGAGUGUGCAGACAAUGGAAACCUGUGUGGAAAUGGACACUGUCUGAAUCUGCCCGGAGGCUUCCGCUGCGAGUGUGACAUGGGCUUCAUCAGCUCUGUUGAUGGGAAGGCCUGCGAAGACAUAGACGAGUGUACCUUUACGGGCAUCUGUGUAAACGGAAGAUGCCAGAACAUCCCGGGUCUUUUCAGGUGUCAGUGUAACCGAGGUUACGAACUGGACCAGACCGGAGGAAACUGCACAGACAUCAACGAAUGUGCCGACCCGACCUUCUGUAUUAACGGAUUUUGUGUGAACGCCCCCGGGAGCUACAACUGCAACUGCCCCCCGGACUUCCAGCUGAACCCCACUGGGGUGGGCUGCGUCGACACUCGCUCUGGAAGCUGCUACCGGGAUGUCCGUGCACGAGGAGAUGCGUCAGAGAACUUGGACUGCUCCAAUGAGAUCGGUGUUGGAGUCUCCAAGGCGUCCUGCUGCUGCUCUAAGGGCCAAGGCUGGGGGGCGCCGUGUGAAUCCUGCCCCCCCGUCAACUCAACUGACUACAAGACUUUGUGUCCUGGGGGAGAAGGCUUCAGACCCAACCCAAUAACAGUCAUCUUGGAAGACAUCAACGAAUGUCAGGAGCUGCCGGGCUUGUGUCAGGGCGGACGCUGCAUCAACACGUUUGGCAGCUUCCAGUGCGACUGUCCUCGAGGCUUUGCCCUGAACCCGGACACUGGAGUGUGUGAAGACAUCGAUGAGUGUGAUCAGAGAGGGAUCUGCGGACCGGGCCUCUGCUACAACACCAUCGGGAACUACACCUGCAUCUGCCCCACGGACUACAUGCAGGUCAACGGAGGGCACAACUGCAUGGACAUGAGGAAGAGCUACUGCUACAGGAACUUUUACUCCGACAACAGGACGUGUGACAGCGAGCUGACCUUCAACAUGACCAAGAAGAUGUGCUGCUGCUCCUACAACAUCGGCCGGGCGUGGAACAGACCCUGUGAGCAGUGUCCUCUGCCCAGCACUGAUGAGUUUGCAGUCCUGUGCGGCAGCGAGAGACCAGGGUAUUACAUCGACAUCACCACAGGGAGAGUUAUUGAUAUCGAUGAGUGCAGGGAGAUCCCAGGAGUGUGUGAGAACGGCGUGUGCAUCAACAUGAUUGGCAGCUUCAGGUGCGAGUGCCCCAUGGGUUUCAUUUACAACUCCAAACUUCUGAUUUGUGAAGACAUUGACGAGUGUCAGAACGGACCAGUGUGCCAGCAGAACGCACACUGUUUGAACAUGCCUGGCAGCUACCGCUGCGAAUGUAAGGCUGGAUAUCGCUUCACGCCCACAGGACAGUGUCUGGAUCGUAACGAGUGCAUGGAGAACCCCGGGAUCUGUAACCCGGGUCAGUGCAUCGACACGGUGGGAAGUUACCGCUGCCUCUGUUCCAACGGGUACAAAACCACCCGGGACCAGUCCAUGUGUGUGGACGUGGACGAGUGCGACAGGCAGCCCUGUGGGAACGGCACCUGUAAGAACACAGUGGGCUCCUACAACUGUCUGUGUUACCCCGGCUUCCAGAACUCCCACAACGGGGACUGCAUAGAUGUGGACGAGUGUGCAACGCAGAGGGGCUUGUGUCGGUACGGGAAGUGUGUGAACUCACUGGGCAGCUUCUGGUGCGUGUGCAACGAUGGCUACGAGCUGGCCUUAGACGGUCGAGUGUGUACAGAUAUAAACGAAUGUGCAGUGAAUCCAGGCACCUGUGGAGCAGGAACCUGUCUGAACAUGGACGGUACCUACAGGUGUAUCUGCCCACCUGGCUACUACCUCCACGAGGAAACCUGUGAAGAUAUCGACGAGUGCUCCCAGUCGCCUGAGAUCUGCACGCUUGGGACGUGCUCCAACACCGAGGGAAGCUUCACCUGUCUGUGCCCUGAGGGCUUCCAGCUCUCCGCCUCCGGACGCAGAUGUUUGGAUAUCCGCAUCAGCUACUGCUACACCAAGUUUGAAAACGGGCGCUGCCUCGCUCCCAAGGCCCAGAACACGUCCAAGGCUGAGUGCUGCUGCACCAUGAUGCCAGGUCAGGGCUGGGGAAGGCCCUGUGAGAUCUGCCCCAGCAAAGGAGAGGAGGGGUAUCGUCUUCUGUGUCCUAACGUGGGGUACGAGCGCGGGCCGGACGACCAUCCCAAAGAUAUCGACGAAUGCAUCAACGACCCGUGCGUUAACGGGCAGUGCAUCAACACCGAUGGCUCGUUCCGCUGCGAGUGUCCCAUGGGGUACCACCUGGAUGUUAGCGGAGUCACGUGCGAAGACAAGAACGAGUGCGACGUCGGUAAUCCUUGUGGUAACGGCACGUGCACUAACGUGAUCGGUGGGUUUGAGUGUGCGUGCGAUGAAGGCUUCGAGCCCGGAGCCAUGAUGACCUGUGAAGACAUCAACGAGUGCUCCCAGAAUCCUUUGCUGUGCGCCUUCCGCUGCGUUAACGUGGUGGGCUCGUAUGAGUGUAAAUGUCCUACGGGCUACGUGCUGCGUGAGGACAGAAGGAUGUGCAAAGACCAGAAUGAGUGCGAAGACGGUAUCGAUGACUGCGCCAGCCGGGGGAUGACCUGCAAGAACCUGAUCGGUACCUACAUGUGCAUCUGCUCUCCUGGAUACACCCGGCAGCCCGGUGGAGACGGAUGCAUGGACCUGAAUGAGUGUUCGGCCAAGCCGGGCGUCUGUAAGAACGGCCGCUGUGAGAACACCGUGGGGAGUUUCCGCUGCAGAUGUGACCACGGAUUCAUCGCCAACCCCACUCAGACAGAAUGUCUCGAUAACCGUGAAGGCUUCUGUUUCACUGAGGUUCUGACCACACUGUGCCAGAUGAGUUCCAGCAACAGGAACCUGGUGACCAAGUCCGAGUGCUGCUGUGACGGGGGCCGAGGCUGGGGCACCAACUGUGAGCUCUGCCCCCUGCCAGGAACCACCCACUACAAGAAGAUGUGCCCCCUGGGUCCUGGAUACACCACCGAUGGCAGAGACAUCGAUGAGUGUCGCGUGAUGGCAAACCUUUGUAAGAACGGUCAGUGCAUCAACACCUUGGGCUCCUACAGCUGCCUCUGCAAAUCGGGGUACACCACGGACAUCACGGGCUCUCUGUGCGUGGAUGUGGACGAGUGCAUCCAGGCACCGAAGCCUUGUAACUUCAUCUGUAAGAACACCGAGGGGGCCUACCUGUGUUCCUGCCCCAGAGGCUACAUCCUGCAGGAGGACGGGAAGAGCUGCAGAGAUCUGGACGAGUGUUCGACCAAACAGCACAACUGUCAGUUCUUAUGUGUGAACACCAUCGGGGGCUUCACCUGCAAGUGUCCUCCAGGCUUCACCCAGCACCAGACGGCCUGCAUCGACAACAACGAAUGUUCCACAGACCCAAACCUGUGCGGUUCCAACGGGGUCUGCCAGAACACUCCAGGGAGCUUCAGCUGUGACUGCCAGCGAGGAUUCUCUCUGGAUGCCAGCAGACAAACCUGUGAAGAUAUGGACGAGUGCGAUGGAAGCCACAGGUGUCAGCACGGCUGUCAGAACCUGGUGGGCGGGUACAGAUGCAGCUGCCCUCAGGGAUACCUGCAGCACUACCAGUGGAACCAGUGUGUUGAUGAGAACGAGUGUCUGAACAGUCAGAUCUGCGGGGGGGCGUCGUGCCACAACACCCUGGGGAGCUUCCGCUGCCUCUGCCCCAACGGCUUCAACUACGAGCAGACCUCCGGGGGCUGCGCCGACGUCAACGAGUGCUCCACCAGCCAGAACCCCUGCAAGUUUGGCUGCUCCAACACCGACGGGGGCUACCUCUGUGGAUGUCCCCCCGGAUACUACAGAGCGGGACAGGGGCACUGCGUCUCCGGUCUGGGCUUCAGUGGUGGACAGGAAGAAGGGGGGGAGGUGGACGACAACUCACUCUCACCUGAAGCCUGCUAUGAAUGUAAGAUCAACGGCUACCCCAAGAAGGGCCGCAGGCGCCGCAGCACCAACUCCACGCAGGACAGUCCUCCUAUGGACCUGCAGCUGACGGAGGAGGUGAGCCUGGCCAGCAUGGACACUGAAAACACCCUCCAGGUGCACCUGAACAUCAGCAGCCUCAGUAACCGUGACCACAUCCUGGAGUUCACCCCGGCCCUGUCCACGCUCAGUGACCACGUGCGCUACAACAUUGACUACGGCAACGAGGAGGGCCUUUUCAAAAUCAACCAGAGGGAGGGCGUCAGCUACCUGCACCUGAGCAAGAAGGCGGUGGUGCUGCCGGGGGCGUACGACCUUCAGAUCAGCAGCGUGGCCCUCUACAGGAAGAAGGAGCUGGCUGAGCUGGAGGACCAACAUGAGAAAGACUACCUCACAGGACAGCUGGGCGACACGCUGAAGAUGAGGGUGCAGCUCAUCCUUCAGUAAGAGAUGAAGACUUGUUGUCAGCAGCUGCUGCUCCAGAGUCAGCAUCAGAAUCAGGCCAAACAUCCGACUCUGGGUCAGCAGCUCCAGCUUGGAGGAGCUCGCACCAAAGAGACGAGACCAAAGACGAUUCUAAAUAUCAUAGAUGCAGUUUGUGU